AUAUCCAUGGCUACUUUCUCUUUUACAAGGAUAAGUUCCUUAAUGGCUUUAAUACUAGUGCUUCUGGGACUCCUUUCGACAAGCCUCGAUUCUGCAGGUGCACAAUCAGCAGGUGUCUGAUAUGGAAUGCUAGGUAACAAUCUGCCAUCCACGCCAGAGGUGUCCCGAACUCUGAUCUUCAAAGCCUCUCAAAACCCUUCCAAUGCACAGUCAUGGGUACAGAGAAAUGUGCUGAGCUACUGGCCUAGUGUCAGAUUCAGGUACAUAGCUGUUGGGAAUGAAGUAAGUCCUGUUAAUCCAGGCACAGCUUCCAUUGCUCAAUACGUUCUGCCUGCCUUGGUGAAUGUAUUCAAUGCAAUCAGAUCUGCAGGUCUCCAGGACCAAAUCAGGGUUUCAACUGCAAUUGACAUGACCUUUAUAGGAAACUCAUACCCUCCAUCUGCAGGUGCCUUUCGUGGAGAUGUUAGGAAAUAUAUAGACCCAAUAAUUGGCCACCUUACACAGGCAAAAACACCUUUAUUUGCUAAUAUUUACACAUACUUCAGCUAUGUUGGUAAUCCAAGGGACAUAUCUCUUCCCUAUGCCCUGUUUACUUCCCCAUCUCCUGUCAUAUGGGAUGGUUCCCGGGGUUACCAAAACCUUUUUGAUGCUAUGUUGGAUGCCUUAUACUCAGCUCUUGAAGGAGCUGGACAAUACUCUCUGGAUGUGGUUGUUUCAGAAAGUGGAUGGCCCUCUGAUGGAGCGUUUGCAGCAACAUUUGAUAACGCACGCACAUAUUACUCAAAUUUGAUAAAUCAUGUCAAAGGAGGUACCCCAAAGAGGCCUGGCAGAGCCAUAGAGACUUACCUAUUUGCCAUGUUUGAUGAGAACCAAAAGCAGCCAGAGUUGGAGAAACAUUUUGGGGUUUUCUUCCCUGACAAGCAGGCGAAGUAUCCACUAAAUUUUGGCACAAAAAUGAUCUCAGAUAUUUCUGCUGAGAACAAUACAACUGCUUUCCUCAAGAGUGAUAUUUAAAGUUACAAGGUCUUUGUUUCUGUGUCCUGUCUUGAAUAACUCAUAGCUGCACAGACAAAUGCUGUCUUUGAUAUACUGCAGGAGAGAGAGUUUGUGUGUGUGUGUGUGUUUUUUUUUUCCCUUUUUCUAUGGUUAAUUAAUGUUAACUCUUACC